AUGAUAUAAUAGAUUUAAGAAUAUUACAAAUUAGAAGAAUUUUUAAACUCUUCAUUCGAAUCUCAUUAGGUUCUCCAUAUUGAUUUGAGAGACAAUUAAAUUGAUGCAAUUGGUGCAUAAGGCUUAGGAUCUACUUUAGCAAAUUGCUCUAAUCUCUCAAAUUUGAUUCUUAAUAUUAGUGACAAUAAAAUUGGUGCAAUAGGUUUUUCAGGCUUAGUAUCCGCUUUAGCAAAAUGCACUAAUCUCUAAAAUUUGGCACUUAAUCUUUAGUAGACUGCAAUUGGUGAUAAAUUAGUAUCAGGCUUAGGUUUCACUUAAGCAAAUUGCACUAAUCUCUCAAGUUUGACAUUUAAUAUAGCUUACAAUUAAAUUGGUGAUAAAUUUGCAUCAAGCUUAGGUUCUGUUUUAGCAAAUUGCACUAAUAUCUCAAAUUUGACACUUAAUCUUAGGAUGAAUGAUAUUGGUGCAAAAGGUAUAAUAGGCUUAGGAUCUGCUUUAAAAAAUUACACUAAUCUCUCAAAUUUGACACUUUAUCUUAGUGGAAAUUAUAUUGGUGAUGAAGGUACAUCAGGCUUAGGAUCUGCUUUAAUAAAUUGCAUUAAUCUCUCAAAUUUGACACUUGAUCUUAGUAACAAUAAAAUUGGUGCAAAGGGUACAUCAGGCUUAGGAUCUGCUUUAACAAAUUGCAUUAAUCUCUCAAAUUUGACACUUUAUCUUAGUGGGAAUAAAAUUGGUAAAAUUGGUUCAUCAGGCUUAGCUUUUGCUUUAGUAAAUUGCACUAAUCUCUCAAAAUUGACACUUGAUCUUGAAGACAAUAAAAUUGGUGAUUAAGGUGCAUCAGACUUAGGUUUUGCUUUAGCAAAUUGCACCAAUCUGUCAUAUUUGGUACUUUAUCUUGCUUAAAAUUAAGUUGGUGAUGAAGGUGAAUUAGUCUUAGGUUAUGCUUUAGCAAAUUGCACUAAUCUCUCAAAUUUGAGUAUCUAUCUUGCCGGAAAUUAAAUUAAUGAUGAAGGCGCAUAAGGCCUAGGUUUUGCUUUAUCAAAAAUCACUAAUCUCUCAAAUUUGACGCUUGAUCUUGGUAACAAUUAAAUUGGUGAUGAAGGUGUAUCAGGCUUAUGCUUUGCUUUAACAAAUUAAGCUAAUCUCAAAAAUUUGAUACUUUAUCUUAAUUGCUAUUUAAUUACUGAUGAAUGUGUAUUAGGUUUAGGCUCUGCUUUAGCAAAUUGCACAAAUCUCUCAACUUUGGAACUUAUUCUUGAGAAUUCACAAUUAUUAGUAAUUAAUAAACCAAAAAAAUUGAAAGUAAAAAGAAACUUUUGUAAAUUAAAAAGAUUAGUUACCUUAGAAAUACUUUUUUUAUUUCAAUAACUCGCGGAAUGA